AUUUUGCCGCCAAUGUCGGUGCUGAACUCUGCCUGGUUCCACGAAGGGGAGGGCCUCACCGCUCAGGAGCCAGGUCCGAUGGCGAACUUAGACAGCGACCCAGGCCACCUGCCAGAGGGGGACCCUGAGGAGCGCUCUGCUCAGGAUCCUGAUGUCCUGAGCGGGGGCCUCCCAGACCUGGACACCAACCGAACAAACUGGCCUGGACUCUGGACGCUCCUGCAGCAGCUCCCUCCACAGGACAGCGAUGAGCGAUACUGCCUGGCCCUUGGUGAGGAGGAGCUGGCUGAGCUGCGGCUCUUCUGUGCCCAGCGGAGGCGGGAGGCCCUGGGACAGGGGGUGGCGCAUCUGGUACCUCCCAAGCUCAAAGAAUGCACCUGUGAGAAGUGCAGGGAGCGGCUGAGGCCAGGGGAAUGUGGAGUAUUUGCAGCCCUGGCAGGAGAGCGGCGCUGCUGGCACCGGACUUGCUUUGCCUGCCAGACCUGUGGCCAGGCCCUGAUAAACUUCAUCUACUUCUACCACGAUGGGCAUCUCUACUGCGGACGUCAUCAUGCUGAGCUGCUGAGGCCACGCUGCCCUGCUUGUGACCAGCUGAUCUUCUCCCGGCGCUGCACUGAGGCGGAGGGACAGCGCUGGCACGAGAACCACUUCUGCUGCCAGGACUGCGCCGGGCCCUUGGGCGGAGGACGUUAUGCCCUGCAGGGGGGCGGCCCGUGCUGCCCCAGCUGCUUUAAGAGUCGUUAUUCGGACGUCGGCUCGAGCCCGGCCGCGACCCUAGAAGGAAGGUCGUCCCUUGGGGAGGCGGGGCUCGACGGAGUUGAAGGAGGGCACCGCGCCCCACUACACUGCGUGACCAUCUCCGGAGCAGCCCUUGCUACUGCUGCCAGCUCCAGUCAGGAAACCCAGACGGGGCUGCUUGGAACCAACCCGGAGCAGGAGUGCCGAGCAGGGGACAAGGCUAAGGCACCCAAAGUGGGAGAGCAGGGACCCCUGGAGACGCCCAUUGAUCCCAAGGAGGACGUCCCCUGCCCCACCUGCUCCUCUUCCUCUGACUCUGAACCCGAAGGAUUUUUCUUAGGCCAGCGCCUUCCCCGGCUCUGUAUGACCCCCGAAAGCCUGCAAGCUGAGGGCAGCGACACGUCCAGGAAGCAUUGCACCAUUUGCUAGUUGCGCAGCCCAGAGAACGGAGAGUUGGGGGAGGUGUGAUCU